AGUGAAGUGAAAAUGGCGUCUUCUGAUGCACUGCUAACGGAAUCGGCCGCUGGAUGGUCGAUUUUUGCGAUUGUCCUUCUGGUCAUCCUGGCUUUCUGCUGGGUCUACAUCCGCAAGUAUCAGAGCCGCCGGGAGAGCGAGGUCGUCUCCACCAUCACGGCAAUAUGUGCCCUGGCCGUCGCGCUGAUAACGUCCGCCCUGCUCCCCGUGGACAUCUUCCUGGUGUCCUUCAUGAAAUUCCCCAAUGGCACCUACAAGGAUUGGGCUGCAAACAAUGAAACGAGAGCUCAGAUUGAAGACACUGUGCUGUAUGGAUACUACACUCUGUACUCCAUCAUCCUCUUCUGUGUCUUCCUCUGGAUUCCCUUUGUCUACUUCUACUAUGAGGAGAAGGAUGACGACAACAUCAACAGGUGCACGCAAGUGAAGAACGCGCUCAAGUACACCAUUGGAUUCGUCAUUGUGUGCGCGGCGCUGCUGCUAAUUGGGGCUUUCGUGCCGCUGCAUCCCCCGCCGCCCGAUCAGAACGCCACCCAGUGGGACAAGCUGGAGUACCUCGUGGAGGAGUUUGGCAACGAUGGACUGAAUGCUCUGUCGUUCUCCAUCAGUACACUGACCUUGAUUGGCAUGCUGGCUGUGAUCACGUACACGGCGUACGGCAUGUCGGUGCUCCCACUCAACCUCAUCAAAGGCACGCGCAGCAUCGUGUACGAGCGUCUGGAGAACACUGAGGACAUGGAGGACAUCGAGCAGCAGAUCGAGAAGCUGAAGGCCAAGUGUGAAGAUGGCCGUCCUCUCUCGCUGCGGGACCGCCGCAACCUGCAGGAUCUGGAGGCCAAGCUGCAGGUGUUGCAGCGCCGCAGCCGGCACCUGGACGUCGCCGAGACCAACUGCUGCACCAAGGUCGGCAGCGCCCUGCGUCCCGUCAAGGUUGUGCUAGGCAUCUUCUUCAUCCUUGUGGCUCUGCUGUUGGUUGUGGCACUCUUCAUUUCCAAUCUGGAUAAGGCGAUGCACUCGGCUGGCAUGAGUUGUGGCUUUGUGAUCUUCGGGACCAACCUGACCAACCCCCUCAACGAACUGCUGCUCGCCCUACAGCCGGUCUUCCCUCUGGAUUACGUGCUGAUCACAGUCAUCACCAUGUAUUUCGUCUUCACCUCCAUGGCGGGCAUCCGCAACAUGGGCAUCUGGUUCUUCUGGGUGCGGCUGUAUAAGAUCCGUCCUGGUCGUACGCGUCCUCAGGCGCUGCUCUUCCUCUGCAUGAUCCUGCUGCUCAUCGUGCUCCACACCAGCUACAUGAUCUACAGCCUGGCCCCCCAGUACGUCAUGUACGGCAGCCAGAAAUACCUGCUACAGACACCAUUGCCCACCCUGCACCAGUCCAUAGGGAACGACAGCACCCCAUCCCCUUUCCCAUUCCCAUCUCCGGCCCCAGGGAACCAGACCAUAGACACCACCAAGAUCUGUGACGCAAACGCCCCUGAGGAUCAGUGCACGGUGACGAGAUCCUACCUGUUCCUCCACAAGUUCUGGUUCUUCAGCACCAUAUAUUACUUUGGCAACUGGGCCUUUAUAGCGGUUUUCCUCGUCGGCCUGAUGGUAUCCUGCUGCAAAGGAAAGAAGUCUGUGAUUGAGGGCGAGGUGGAGGCCGACGACUCGGACGUGAGUGAUGAUGAGUACUGAAGAAGAGGAGGAGGAGCAGAAGGAGAGGAGGAGGAGGAGAGAGCCAAGCAGCGUCUUUUUUCCUCCCUCUGCCCUGAUCAAGUGGUUUCUGAAACAGGGCCCCUGCUGACUAGAGUUUGCACACUGGAUCCGCUCUGGACAGGCACAAGUCUUUGGGAUGGGAUAAGUGAGUUGGUAUUAUACCCUCUGCUGUAACCUAAUCUAAAAAAAAUAAUGUCAUUUUUGUUGGCUUGUUUUCUCGCUAAAUGAGCUUGUUACUGACAUUUUGACUUUUGACAUUUUGAAACUCACAUUGUUCCACAAUGUCCACGAUAUGGUCGUUAUUUUUUCUUUCUUUUUUCUGUUGUUGUUUUGAAAAUGCUCUUUGGUUUCUUAACAACAUUCGUUCUAAUCCAGACUUUGUGUAUCCUAUUAACUAACUGACGGAAGUGUUAAACCAGAGACUGGUUAAAGCUAUUCUCCUCUUUGGCUAACAGGCUGCAUAAUGUUGCCCCUAUUGCCCCAAUCCGGACCAAUCCCCAGCAGCCAACACUCUGGGUCUCCAAAUAUUGUUGUUGUUUUUUUUCUUCUUCUUCUAGGUUGGAAAACUUUGUGGAAAAGUUUCAGGGGAGUUUUUAAUCUUGCACUUUGAUUGCCAUUUAGAUGACAUGACCCAUAGGCAUUGGCAAUAGUGUCCGCUAUGAGAACCUUUAGAAUGUUGUUUGAUACGGUACUCCAGAGUUUUAUAACAUAUACGAAAAUGCUUUUAAAAAAAAAGAGAGAGAGAGAGAGAGAAAUUGAAAGAUUUAAUAAGAUUGUGGAGAGGUCAUCUCCCUCCCUCCAGGUGAAAUGUAAGCCUGUGUUAUUUAUUUUUAAUGCCUGAUCAUCAUCUCACUGUACAGGUUUUUUCGAAGGCAUCUAUAGAGUUUGUAGCUGAUUUCUUGUACUACAGCUGGAUUUAGUAAUCUCAAGUUUGUGAUGGCAAUGAUGUGAAACUUUAUUUUACUUUACAAAUGAUCACAUGGCAUGGAUUUGUUUUGAAUAAACAUUCGUCUCAGAUUCA